UCCUCGGUUCAUGCUGAUUGUUUCGGUUCUAUUUGUGUUGGAUUAACAUCAAAUAUUUCCUUCUGUAUUCUCCCUGUUCUCUCUCCUCCACCCUUUUCCUCCCAACCAGACUCUGGUUGGGAGGAAAAGCGUAUGCUGGGUUCUCCUCGACACUCACAAACAGCAGCAGCAGCAGGGGCACCUACCGAACACUUCACUACAUAAUCUGCCGUGACACUGCCAUGACCUCACUCAGGCUGCUGCCCUUGUUACACGCCCUCCUCAUCCUCUACAUCCAUCUUUCCAACCAGUUAGAAACCAAUAAGAUCCCUCCCAGUCUGUGUAUUGGACACCCUGGUACCCCGGGCACUCCUGGAGUUCAUGGCAGUCCUGGGCAGCCAGGUAGAGAUGGCCGGGAUGGCAGGGAUGCUCCUCCAGGGGAGAAAGGACAGCAGGGGGACAAGGGAUACCAAGGUGAGACAGGAAUGCGAGGCCUGACUGGGGACAAAGGUGACCCAGGAGAGAAAGGGGAGAGGGGGCAGCCAGGAGAAUGUGCUGUGGCACCCAAAUCGGCCUUCAGCGCCAAACUCUCAGAGGGCCGCUCUUUACCCCUGACUGUGGGCGAUGCAGUCCACUUCGACAAGAUCUUGCUAAACGAACAGGGUGACUACAACAGAGAGACGGGGCGCUUCACCUGCAGAGUCCCUGGAGUCUACUACUUUGCUGUCCAUGCCACAGUCUACCGUGCCAGCCUGCAGUUUGACCUGAUGAAGAAUGGACACACGGUGGCGUCUUAUUUUCAAUUUUAUGGAAACUGGUCCAAACCAGCAUCUCUGUCAGGCGGCUCCCUGCUCCACCUCAUCCCUGGUGACCAGGUGUGGGUCCAGAUGGCUCUGUCUGAGUACAAUGGGAUUUACUCCAGCACUAAGACAGACAGCACCUUCACCGGUUUCCUGGUGUACUCAGACUGGAAAAACUCUGCUGUGUUUGCAUGACAUGCGCCUAUCAACAAAACAAAAUUAUAUCCCACUUUGGGGAAUGAACCACAACCAUUUUUUUCCCUGUUCUAGUUACCUAAUUGAGAAGCUCUGGAUAAAGACACGUGAAUAGGCUGUGACUUGGUACGGCUGUGUUUGUGUAAUAAGUGCGAAACAUACCAGACAAUGUUCUUGAAUGGCACAUACCGUACUGGUGAGGGGUGAGGUGCAUACACUGAGUUGUUUAUGUAGUGUCGGUGAUUCAGUCGCAGCCUUGUAACAAAUGUGAUGACAGUGGCCUCCAGCCAACUCCAGGACACAGAUUGCUUUAAUGCUAUUAUUUCACUUUGUUUCACAUCGAUUUCUGUACAAUAAACAUGAAUAAAACACUGUAGUUUUUAAA